UUCAGUCAAAUUUAUCCCAUUGUUGCACGAAAACAGUUUUUUAGGGGAAGGCAAGGGUCCACUAUGGAUCCUGCAUUAUCUAAAGCAGAGUUGGGAGAGACAAAAUAUCCAAAGCGAGGCAAGUCAUAUGAUCUUAACCACACUUCUGACGGUCAGACUGCUCAAGUCUCGAGUCAAAAAGCAGAGAUAGAGAAAACAUGGAAUAAAUUUGUCGAGUCGUCCACUCUUCAUGGUUUGCUUCACGUCUUCUCCAGCUCAACCAGAACGCGUCGCUUUCUAUGGGCUGUGCUUCUCUUGCUAGCAAUGAUGUGGUUUUCAUUUCAGUCCUUCAAGUUGCUUGAGAAGUAUUACAGCUACCAGGUCACGACAAAAGUCAGUUUGAAAUACGACCCUAUGCCGACUUUUCCAGCGGUGACUAUCUGCAACUUCAACGUGUUCAAAAGGUCUGUGGUUAGAACGUCAGCGUAUGAAGAAAUUUUGCCCCUACUUCAUGCAUCCUUUGUUGAAAAAAUGGGCUUGCCCGAUUUCAAUGAUAGCAUUGACUUAAACAAAUAUCAUGACUUGAACCUCACACAGUUUUACAUCGAUGCGGGACACCAAAGCUAUGAUACUGUUGGAUAUUGCAUUUGGAACGGAAAACCGACCUGCGAUCACAGGAAUUUCACGUCCGUGUUGACAUCAAUGGGACUUUGCCACACUUUCAACUCAGGAAGAGAUGGUCAACGUCUACUGCGAGUAAGGCAGGCAGGUUCCAAUCGUGGAUUACACUUGAUAUUGAACGUUAAACAAGAGGAAUAUUACGGGACGACAUCGUAUGUUGCCGGCCUCAAAGUUCUCAUUCAUGAUCAGCAGACUCUGCCACUGGUCUCUCAGCUUGGCUUUGCUGUGAGUCCUGGUACGAGUACGUUUGCGGCGUUAAAAAAACUACGGACACUCAAUCUUCCAAAACCUUAUGAGGGAAACUGCCAUGACAAAGAGAUUACUAGCAUACCUGGCUAUAACAAGUACACGAUUCCUUCUUGCCAAGAGAUUUGUGUGACCAACUUUGUAAUAAACAAGUGUGGAUGCAGGGACGCUUUGAUGCCGGAAAUGAACAACACCAGAGUGUGUGGAUUGAGUGAAAUCAAGAACUGCCUUGUGAAAGAGAUGAGCAACUUUUAUAGUAGAAUAGAUGACCAGUGUGAGUGCCCAGUACCUUGUGAAUCCAUCUCUUUCAAUCCCAUAUUGUCAUACGCUACCUUUCCGAGUAAAAAUCUCCUCAAAAGGAUCGUCAAAGAACAUGAUGAAUCCAAUGUUAAACCAGAUGUCAUAAAAAGAGGACAAGAAAUAAUGAGGUAUUCGUAUUGUAGUUUCGAAAGGUGAAGAUUGUGUUGAGCCAUGGAGCGACAGAAAUUUAAAGUGGCUGAGCAAAAGUCAAACAAAAAUUAGCCAGCGUUGACCCUGAAUUUGUUCUAUUUUAUUCCAUUCUGUGAGGUCAUUUUGUUAUUUGCUAUCACACAAAGUUCAGAAUAUAAUUUCUCUCAAUUACUUGUGAUGAGGCAGUUUCGUUGAUAAGUCUCUUGAGGUUGUGUACCUACGGCCACACAUGAAUUUUGUCUUGUUACUAAAGCAAAGGAUUCUCGACCAAUCUAUGGUGGAAAAAAGAUUAACAAAACAA